AUGGGAGAUGGUGUCACCCCUGCUAAGUCUAAGAUUCCUCCCCUUACCUCAGCCCUCUUCCCCCAACAGGCAGAGCUUGGCAAGCCCCGGGAGAGAAGCUGCAGCCUGCCUGGCAUCAACUUCAAUUAUGGACUCUACAUCCGGGGGAUAGAUGGAGGAGUCCCCGAAGCCAUUGGACACUGGAAUGUGUUUAAGCAGCAACCCACCUGCCCCCACGAGCUGACCCGGAAUUAUAUUGCCAUGAACCGUGGGGCUGUCAAAGCUGGCUUGGUGACUGCCAGGGAAAAUAUGCUCUAUCGUGAACUUAAUGACAUCAGAAUCAGCGACCAGGAAGACCGGAGACAGAAGGAGCCACCCUCUGUCCCUCCCAAUGUGACUUUUGGGAUCCGUUCACGGUAA